UGCGAUGGUGCCGGUGUUUGUAAGUGAAUCAGCGGACUAUUGAUUUGUCCCUGACAUGGAGCAGUGAAAUGUGGAGGCGGCACUCAAUACUGUUACUCUGGAGUCAACAACUAUUUGGGCUGCUGUGACAAGGGCAAAACAUGCUAUGCUCGAACAGAGUGCGUACCAUAUUCGGAUAUCGCGACGAGGAACUGUGAUCACAACACCGGUGGAUGCGCUCUUUGGUAAGUUCCUACUUGCUUGGGGGGUAGAGCCGGAAUCUGAUGCUCUUUCAUAGCACAAAUUCAGCAGCGCCAAACUGCGUCAGACUGGAAAAUGCCGGUGGUCAAUACGGAAUAUACUGUGACACGACUGCCAAAACAACCACAUACGAUGCGACAAAAGUUGACAAUCCAGCAAUGUCAACAGGCGUACCAGUUGGAUCACCCGGAAUGAGUUUUGCAUCGCAAGGGUCAUCAACAGCAAACUCGGCACCUACAUCCACAGGAGAUACGAUAUCCGGUAACGUAGACGAAUCCCCCGGUAUCUCGAAAGGAAUUAUUGCUGGCAUAAUCGUCGCCGCCAUUUGUGCUGUCCUCAUUGGCGCAUUUCUGGGGUGGCAUUUCUGCAUCAAGAAGAAUCGUGCGUCGCACGAUCCGUCCUACACACAUGCUACAAGGGGCAGCGGCGACAUCCCUCUCUCAGGCUACAUAGACCACGAGACAAAGUCUACAGCUGCAAGCAGUACGUUCCCGAGCCCCCCGUCCAGAUACGCAAAGCAUAUGUCCAGCGGUCCCUGGAAUGCAGAGUCCUUCGAACACGAUACACCAUACACACCCGGCCCCGAGGGAGCAGAACUUGACUCUACAGUCGUCAUAAGAGACCACUCACCCAACUCCGGAUCUAUAAGCUCAUUCGCAGGGAGCCAGCACGCCGAGCAGCAAACUCCGACACUCAGCCAUAAGGUGUCGCCCCUGGUCGGUAGCGAUGCGCAAGGCAUCCAGCAGGAACCUGCGCUACUAGAUGGGGCGGAAGUCAGUGCCAUCUCAGGCCACCAACGGCACCCUUCAGCUGGCGAUAGUCUGGCACAGCGUUACACGCCUUACCGGCCUUCCAGAGGCAAUGGGCUAGUGUCAGGCGAGAUAGGUGCUCGUGAGACGGGACAGUCUAGUACGUUUCCAAGCUACUUGACGCCGGAGAAUGCUUUGGGGGGUGGGUUUGAGAGGGAAGAACAGCGGUUGAAGGACGAGGCGCGUCGGAGUGGUGAACACCUUUAAAGGUUGUUCAAGAUAUUUCUGAUAUGUAUUAGACAUGACAAGGACCCGGAAAAGGCAUUCUAGAUGGAGUCAUGGUUUUCAGGGGUAUCUGCAUUGUUAGAGGUCUGCAUUUGUUGAGCACUCGGAUCAGUAGUCGCUAGCAUAUAUGUAAAUUUGAAUGCUGGAUGUACUUAGAAAUGAUGUAUCUGUGCUACGAUAUU